GAAGAAGAGAAAUUUUAAACAUGAAAAAUCACACACAAGUGACAGAGUUCAUCCUCUUAGGAUUUUCAGAUGACCCAGAGAUUCAAAUGGUCAUUUUCUUCUUUCUCUUACUUGCCUACAUUCUCAGUAUUGCUGGGAACUUGACCAUCAUCAUCCUCACUCUGUUUGACUCUCACCUCCAAACUCCAAUGUAUUUCUUCCUCCGGAAUUUUUCCUUCAUAGAAAUUUCAUUUACAACUGUCUGUAUUCCCAGGUUCUUGAGCACCAUCAUUACUGGAGACAAGACCAUUUCCUAUAAUUGCUGUAUGACUCAGUUGUUUUUCGUAAUUCUCAUGGGAGUAACUGAAUUUUACCUACUAACAGCCAUGUCCUAUGACCGCUAUGUUGCCAUCUGCAGACCCUUACAUUACAUAACAAUCAUGAGCAGCAGAGUCUGCAUUUUGCUUGUCUUCUGCUCAUGGUUCAUUUCAUUCAUGGUCAUUUUCCCACCUCUCAUAAUGAUGCAGGAACUUGACUAUUGUGCUGGUAAUAUAGUUGAUCAUUUCACCUGUGACUAUUCUCCCCUCUUACAAAUAUCCUGUACAGAUACCCAAUUCUUAGAAACCCUAGGCAUUUCCUGGGCUGUGGUAACUCUUAUGGUCACACUGGCAUUAAUAAUUCUCUCCUAUAUAUUUAUCAUCCAGACAAUUUUGAGGAUCCCCUCUGUCAGUCAGAGGAAAAAGGCCUUUUCCACUUGCUCUUCUCAUGUGAUUGUUAUAUCCAUUUCUUAUGGCAGUUGCAUCUUCAUGUACAUUAAACCCUCAGCAAAAGACAGAGUAUCUUUGAGCAAGGGAGUUGCUCUGCUAUAUACAUCAGUAACCCCUGUGUUGAAUCCCUUUAUUUAUAGUCUAAGGAAUCAGCAGGUGAAACAAGCCUUCAUGGACAUGAUACGGAAGAUUGUAUUUUUUACAAAAAAAUGAAAAGAUUUGUUGAAAUGAAUAGAAGAUGCAAUGAAAAGCUUUCUUAAUAUUCUGUCCAAGGCUCUCUCAUUUCCCUUAUCUCUCUUUUUUUUCCUCUUCAGAGGAAUUCCACAUUCAUUUGGGUAUAUCUUUAUCUGUCUCUUUUACUUAUAUUUUUCUUCUCCAUUCAGCUAUUUUUAAAGCCUCAUCAGACAGCUAUUUUGCUUUAUUGAUUUUUUUGUAAGGAAUGUUUUCUGUUAUUGCCUCCCAUAUAAUACUCAAACCUCUGGUCACUACUCGGCAGACAAUUUUUAUACCAUAUAUAGUUACUUAAGUCUAUUCAUCUCUUCCACUUCAUGUUCAUAAGGGAUGUUAUUUUCAUCAUAUUUAUAUCCUUUUUGUCCUACUUUCUUCAGUUAAGU